AUGGAUAUUCCGUCCUCAGUUCUUAAGACCUCUGUCCCUGCUGUUCACGCUUCCUCUAGCCCAGCCCCGAGCGAUAUGAGUUACACUCCACCCCCGGGAAGCUCGCCAAAUCCCCGCCACUUAGCGAUUGCUCUUCACCAUGCACGAAACAUCCAAGCUCGCAAAGACACCGAAGCAAUUAUCCUCUCUCACAUUGAGCAUUUGAUGGCGCUUCCUAGUACGGCUGAUGCGGACCCGGCUGCUCCUUCCGAGACGGACGCAUCUAUUUUUACAUCCUCCUUGAUUCCUUUCCAGCCGUCGGACUACGAUAAUCUGAUUUUAGAGCGAAACAUUGACGGACGAUGCGGAUAUGCUUUGUGUCCUAAAAAUCACAGAAAAGAGGAUCCGAAGACUAAAUUUCGCAUUCUAUGGGGUCCGAAAGGGAGUGGCCCGUAUGGUCGUGGGAGGACGAUGAAAAUAGUACCUGCAAACCAGCUUGAGAAAUGGUGCUCUGAGUAUUGUGCCGAACGGGCCCUCUAUGUUCGGGUUCAGUUGAAUGAGGAGCCAGCCUGGGAAAGGAUCAAUAAAAAGAACGUGAAUAUUUUAUUGAUGGAAGAGUGGCAGGGUUGUCAUCUAGAUAAAAAAAGAAAACGGCCUUCUCUAAGUAUGCCGAUCGUGGAAGAAAAUCUGCGAAAGCUCUCCAUCAGGCCAUCGGUUACAGAAAAGCACGUUUCUCUUAAUCCCCGGUUAAAUAAAUUCAACGAUGAAGACGACUCCAAACAGCUAGCACUGGAGCGAGGCGAUUCGCCAAUAAUUGCCUCCGAGGGAAGACUUCCGAUACGGAUUAUUGAGAAUGACCCAACAGCCGCUUCGGCGCCUACCCUACAGCUAAACAGUAUGCAAGGUGGCUCCAUUGAAGGGUUCAGGCCUGAGAAUCAUAACUAUUCAAGACAGGAUGCUGAACUUAAUGAUCAAGCUCCUAAUGACGAUGUGAUGCGGUUCUAA